ACGAUACAUUGAAGAGCUAGAGCAGAUCAAGACAGUCUUGUAAUAUAAUUCAAUAUAAGUUAAUAACAUAAAUACAUAAUAUAUCAUACCAAAUGGCUCCAACUAAUAAAUCUACUAAGGCUCUUAAUGCCAAAAAAGCUGUUGCUAAAGGUGUAAACUCCAAAAAAAUUUUAAAAGUUAGAACUUCAACCACUUUCCGUUUACCAAAAACAUUAAAAUUAUCAAGAAAUCCAAAACGUAUUUCCAAGUCUGUUCCACAUUACAAUAGAUUAGACUCUUAUAAAAUUAUUGUUGCACCAAUUGUCUCUGAAACUGCCAUGAAAAAAAUUGAAGAUUCUAACACUUUAGUUUUUCAAGUUGAUUUAAAAGCCAAUAAAAAUCAAAUUAAAACUGCUGUAAAAGAUUUAUAUGAAGUUGAAGCUUUAAAAAUCAAUACUUUAAUUCGUCCAAAUGGUACCAAAAAAGCUUAUGUUAGAUUAACUGCUGACUACGAUGCUUUAGAUAUCGCUAAUAAAAUUGGUUACAUUUAAUUGAUUAAUCAACUUAUUAACUUAUUUCUAAUUAGUCAUUUUAUUUUAAGCUCAAUUUACUUUUAAUCUUAAUAUACAUAUAUACAAUUAAUUCAAUUUAUAUAUAGCUAUAUUAAAAUUAAUAUUAAAUACUAUAAAAAAACAGGAAACUUAAAAAAACUUAAAAUUCAAAAAUAG